CGUUUGUUCAACGCCGGUUGGUUGAAAAGUGUCGGACAACAACUAAAGGGCAAAGUGGAUGAAUGUACAUGAUGCGCUAAAGCGAGUUAUUUAUCACUUUAAUAAAUGAUGAUGUGGGUCGCCAGGCGAUUCUUGUCGUCGGUCGCUCAAAGAGGACAGCAUGUGGGGCAGUCUGGUUUACUCCGACGGCCUCACCGCGGCUCCCUGCCCGAGAUGGAGCUGCGGUAUCUCCAGUGCACAUGCUGCUGGAGGAGCCGGGUCCCCGUGGCCGGGUUUGAGACCUUGAACGCCACCCUCUCCUCUUCCUCCGCUCCUCCGUGCGAUGAAGACAACAGGUCCCUGGACGCCUGCUACACCUCCGAGCAGCGGGCCGUCAUCCUGCAGCUGCUCAACAACGCCACCGAGGCGGAGCUCGCCGGCGUCAAGCUGCUGCGAGGCCGCAAGUCCGUCAACAUCGUGGAGUACAGGACCAAAAAUGGACCCUUCAAAACUCUGGAAAGUGUGGUCAAUGUGCCCCUGCUGAAACACAAAAGUGCCGUCAUAGUGUUCAACUCUAUUCUCAAUCCGCCUAAGAAAGAGAAGAAGGUGAAGAUCCAGCUGGCCAAAUUUAUCCGGCCAGAGGUUGACAGAUCCUGGCUUGAGGAAGCCAGUUCCAUAGUGUCAAUCGUAUGUGGGACUAAUAAAAUUGCCUGGGCACAUGUGGACCGUGGGAUGACAGUGUUGGAUUGGCGGCAGCUGGAAUGUCCUAAUUUCUUGAGGGGAACAUAUCUGGCUUCUGCUUACCUUACUGAUAUCUCCUCUGUGGUAUCAGUCCUUCCUUCAGCUGAUUUCUACAUUGUGGAGAAGACUUCCAUCUCAGUCCAGAAUACUGCUCUGUUCCCUAUAAUGGCCCACAUGAGGACAGUGGAGGCCAUGUUGUUUGCCCUGCUGGAGCCCAGGAACUCCCAGCCCGAGUCCAUUGUCCCACCCAAGGUUCUCAACAUGAUGCGUACUGCUGUUGGCCGUCACUUUGGACUGAUGGUCGGAGAGUCGCGGACCAGCGGGGCCCAGACAGUGCGGCAGAUGAUGACCGAGUCUGUGACCCAAAAGUUUCCUCGGUUAAACUUCCCCCAAGAGCUGCUGAUGAAGUACAGGAAUUCCUUCCAGAUGGGCCGAGGAAGAGGAGGAGAGGAACUGUGUGACGCCUUGCUUCAGGCUGUGGCCUUUUACGAGCUGCUCUGUGAAUCUUCGAGAUAGUCGGCACAUGGAUUGAUUUUUAUAUCCAUGAGUGCAGGCUGCGCCAACCAGACAAGCACGCGUGGCAUUUGAACCCUUUUGGUUGUCAAAGAAGAUUUCACCACACUUCUUAUACUUGAACUCGGCAGCAAGUCACCCUCAGACAACCAGAACGAACCCACCAAAUGCUUUGUUAAAAAGCACCACCGAACAGGUCAGGGACAUUAGUGGCAUGAUGGUGAAUGGGUGAUGAGAAUUAUUAUUAAUACUAGAGGUACAUAUAUAUAUAUUUUGUGAUGCUCUGUGAGAGCGUAUGGUGUAUUUAAUGUGAUGAAUAUUCUUUGGGUUUGUGGAAACACUCUCAGACUGUUCUUUGGGCAUUCUCAGCAGGAUGGUUGCUAUAUUUGUUAUUCCUGCUGUCAGAUAUGGAACUUGGACAAUGGGCUAUAAGCAACCGCUGAAUACUGUCUUCCCUCUGUUCAGUGAGGAUUUCCCUUCUUGGUCCUCUAUGUAGAAACAUAAAACAACUCAGUCUUUUACAAAAAUUAUAUAAAACAAGCAGUUUUUUUAUUUAUUCCUCAUGGUUGUAAAUAAAAUGAUUUAAAAUCUGAA